AAGCCACCUGAACGAAGCCAAUGCUCUGUUCCAAUUUCCAGAGAUGGCUGUUUCUGCUAAAAUCCCCGCAAUUCAUCUCCAGACUAACCUCCCCAAUCCUCAUCACUCCAAAACCCACAAACCCAAACCCCUAAAUUUCUCUCAAAAUAUCAAAACCCGCCAAAUUUCCCUAAGAAAACACCACGAAAUCUCAGUCCUCAACCCCAGCUCCAUCACUGCCCAAAACCCGAACUCACUUAUCUUGGAACUCUGCCUUAAAGGGGACUUAGAGAAAGCUUUAAUCCACUUAGAUUCAAUGCAAGAACUUCAAGUUUCUGUCGAAGAAGAAACUUAUAUUGCCUUAUUGAGGCUCUGUGAGUGGAAGAGAGCUGCCAGUGAAGGCUCGAGGGUUCACUCGUACGUGAGUAAAACAGUAACCCGUUUGGGGGUUAGACUCGGUAAUGCGUUAUUGAGUAUGUUUGUGAGAUUUGGUGAUUUAGUUGAAGCGUGGUAUGUGUUUGGGAAAAUGGCCGAGAGGGAUUUGUUUUCUUGGAAUGUUUUGGUGGGUGGGUAUGCAAAAGCUGGGUAUUUUGACGAAGCUUUGAAUUUGUAUCAUAGGAUGUUGUGGGUGGGGAUUAGGCCUGAUGUGUACACGUUUCCUUGUGUUUUGAGGACUUGCGGGGGUUUGCCAGACUUGGCGAGGGGUAGGGAGGUUCAUUUGCAUGUAAUUAGAUAUGGGUUCGAGUCAGAUGUAGAUGUGGUUAACGCUUUGAUAACUAUGUACGUGAAGUGUGGAGAUAUUUUUAGUGCAAGGUUGGUGUUUGAUAGAAUGCCCAGGAGGGAUCGGAUAUCAUGGAAUGCGAUGAUUUCAGGGUACUUUGAGAAUGAUGUUUGCUUGGAAGGAUUGAGAUUGUUCUUUAUGAUGCGUGAAUUUUUCGCUGAUCCGGAUUUGAUGACAAUGACCAGUGUGAUCUCGGCCUGUGAGGCUCUUGGUGAUGAGAGAUUAGGGAGGGAAGUUCAUGGGUAUGUGAUCAAAACUGGGUUUGUUGCUGAAGUUUCGGUAAAUAAUUCAUUGAUUCAAAUGCAUUCAAGUGUUGGGUGUUGGGAUGAAGCAGAAAUGGUUUUUUCUAAAAUGGAGUUUAAAGAUUUGGUAUCAUGGACGGCAAUGAUUUCAGGUUAUGAGAAGAAUGGGUUGCCUGAAAAAGCUGUGGAAACAUACACAAUCAUGGAGCACGAGGGGGUUGUGCCAGAUGAGAUCACAAUAGCCAGUGUUCUUUCUGCUUGUGCUGGUUUAGGCCUUUUAGACAAGGGUAUUAUGCUUCAUGAGUUUGCUGAUAGGACUGGACUUACUUCUUAUGUCAUAGUUGCAAACAGCCUUAUAGAUAUGUAUUCCAAGUGUCGAUGCAUUGAUAAGGCUUUGGACGUGUUUCAUCGUAUUCCUAACAAGAACGUGAUAUCUUGGACUUCGAUCAUUCUUGGGCUUCGGCUCAACUAUCGGAGCUUUGAGGCUCUGUUUUUCUUUCAGCAAAUGAUACUCAGUUUAAAACCCAAUUCUGUUACCUUAGUUUCUGUCCUGUCUGCAUGUGCUAGGAUAGGAGCUUUGUCAUGUGGAAAAGAGAUUCAUGCUCAUGCAUUAAGAACUGGAUUGGGGUUUGAUGGUUUUUUACCCAAUGCUCUUCUAGACAUGUAUGUAAGGUGUGGAAGGAUGGAACCUGCAUGGAACCAGUUUAAUUCAUGUGAAAAGGAUGUUGCUUCAUGGAACAUUCUGCUUACAGGCUAUGCCCAGCAGGGGAAAGGAGGACUCGCUGUGGAGCUAUUUCAUAAAAUGAUCGAGUCAGAUGUCAAUCCCGAUGAGAUUACAUUUACUUCCCUAUUAUGUGCUUGUAGUAGAUCUGGAAUGGUGACUGAUGGCUUGGAAUAUUUUGAAAGCAUGGAACAUAAGUUCCAUAUUGCCCCAAAUCUGAAACAUUAUGCCAGUGUGGUGGAUUUACUUGGCCGUGCAGGCCGGUUGGAGGAUGCAUACGAGUUUAUAAAGAAAAUGCCCAUAGAUCCAGAUCCUGCCAUUUGGGGAGCCUUAUUAAAUGCAUGUAGGAUUUACCAGAACAUUGAGCUUGGGGAACUCGCAGCUCAACAUAUCUUUGAAAUGGAUACAAAAAGUGUUGGCUAUUACAUUCUCUUGUGUAAUCUUUAUGCUGACAGUGGUAAGUGGGAUGAAGUAGCCAGGGUGAGAAAGAUAAUGAGAGAAAACAGGCUAACUGUUGAUCCUGGGUGCAGUUGGGUAGAAGUAGCAGGACAAGUUCAUGCUUUCCUUACUGGUGAUGAUUUUCACCCUCAGAUAAAGGAAAUAAAUGCAGUUUUGGAGGGGUUUUAUGAGAAGAUGGAGGCAACAGGUCUGAGUAUGUCAAAGGACAGUCGUAGAGAUGAUAUUGAUGCUUCAAAAGCUGAAAUUUUUUGUGGGCACAGCGAGAGACUGGCCAUUGCGUUUGGGCUCAUAAAUACUGUCCCUGGUACCCCUAUUUGGGUGACAAAGAAUCUUUACAUGUGUGAAAAUUGCCAUAACACCGUCAAAUUCAUUUCCAAGGUUGUUCGGAGGGGGAUUUCAGUUAGGGAUACCGAACAAUUUCACCAUUUCAAGGAUGGAGUCUGCUCUUGUGGUGACGAGGGUUACUGGGGAAAAACUUGACUGGUGAGUACUAAAGACACCUACUUCUCAUAUAUCUAGUGGUUCUAACUUGUAAGAGCAUAUAUGACCUCAACCUCAAGAAUUCAAUAUGCACAUAACUAUCUGAUAGAACCGGCCCCUCAGCAGUGAAGUGUAUUAAGCUAUGUGAAAUUGCUAAGCUCAGAUCAGAACCAUAAGGUUGAAGGAAAGAUGUACAUCCAUUGUCAAGGAUGAUAUGACAAACAAAAGUGAAGAGGGAAGAAACUAUUAAUUCCUUCUUAUCACAGCACAGCAUUCGAUCAGGAAAAUUGAUGAUGGAAUAUUGUAGGUUUGGUGCUGCUGGGAAUUCAGUUAAGUCCCUCCUAAAAGUAGUAUAGGGAAGGAACAUUGAGCUGUAAAGAAGGGCUUCAGUUCCUGUUAUUUUUAUAUAUAUGCCUUUUUUUCUUGUAAUGUUAAACAAACAGGCUUACUGCAAGUGGAAUGUAUUGUAUAAUGUUGCAAAUUGCAAGUGCUUGGAUAAGACUGCUUCAUAGAUAUAAAGGGAAAAGAUUUAGGCUA